AAGUGGCUGAAGUUGCACCGACCUUCAAAGGGAACCCUGGAGAAAGCCGUGCAGGCCACGCGUCAGCGCACGAUUGUUUUUGAAGGCAAUGUGCUCCGGUGCCACCCCGCCGUGAGCAGCCGGCCUGGGAAAUACAAAACUGCAUGGGACGCACUAGUCGCUGGCUGUCGCCGCAACGAUGUCAGUGCAGCCGUGGUGUUCCUGCCCGAGGGCUCCCGGGACUUCGGCUUGCACGACCGCGCACCUGCUGGUGCACGCCUGUACGGUGAAAAGAAGCCGUGGGGCUGUAGAUGGUGGACGCGAUGGAUCAGCAAUGUCGAGCGAGCAGUCCAGAUGGGUUGCGCCCUCCUCGAAGUCUAUUAUUUCAACGGCAAGAGAGGCAGAGGUAAAGUCGAAGAUUUCACCACGGCCGGAAGCGAGCGCAUGCGGAGAGAGCAGAUCUCGAGCAAAAAAGAAAGGCCCGACUCAUCCUCUGCGUACUCUCGCGAGGUGCAGCGCCUCUUCUUAGCCUGGCUGCCCAAAGAUGAGCGCGAGUUUCUUGAGGAGUCCGAAGGACUCGGAAAUUCGCAGAAGGCCGAAGUAGCUUGGCUGGAGAGGAAGGGCUAUGCGUUCGUCGAGAAGGAGGUUUCCGAAUUUACUGCUUCAUUGUUCAAGGCGAUCGGUCGAGCAAGAGAGGAAGGGACACCUGAGAACACCUGGGCGUAG